UGCGAGGGGCCGCGUGGUGGCUGCAGCCCGCCUUCCCCCAUCCCGUUUGGCAACAGAUGCCGUGAAGAGUGUCAAAAUCCACGCAGAGGAAGAGAAAACACAUAGCACACUUGUUAUAUGCUUUUAAGCAAGCGGGGGAGCUAAAAUUCCAGUGCAUUCCCGGCCAAAAGCAGCGGCGAGUAGCUCCGACUCGGAUUGACGUUAGCGUGGCUUUAAAGUAAUCCUGUCAUUGGGAUGUUUCUGGGGUAGUUUUAUGGAUUGCCGGAAGGAAGAGAAACCACCUGCUUGUUGAGGUAAUAAGUUCCUUAGCCGGAAAUAUUUUUCAUGUGCAUCUCCAGCAUCGGAGAGUCAUUUGUUUAGACGUUCAGACUGGUUUUUUUGCGAAAGCAGUCUGAUGGCUGCAGCAUUAAACUCUUUCACAUUUUCCUUUUUCCAUUUUUCUUGGUUCGUUUAAUUGGAUGGCUUCUGCUGGCAUUUCCUGGUCUGCAGACAAUGCUGCGUGGCAGCGCCGGCCAGGAAACGCGGCCAAGGGACGUCUCGGCUAUCUCAUGGAAGGAGCCAAGUGGGCGGGCAGGGAUGGCAAAAGGGGAUUGUCCAGAAAAUGCCGGCGCUGAGUACCCUCGGAGUCAGGUGAACGGGGAGACGCGGAUCUGAUCUUGCUGGCGUGAUCACGUCUCCGGUUUGCAGAGGCAUCUGAGCUGCUCAGAGGAAGUGCUUUGUAGAAGUCUGAAGGCUCGUUAUAGUAACCUAAUUGCAUCUUGGAGUGGGCAGCGUGCUUAUUUUGUGCAGCGGACUGUUCUGGAGAAGCGACCACAAAAGACUCGGUCCCUCCUCCGAAUCCAAGGGAGGAAUCGCUCCCGCUGGAAGCGGGGCCGGGCUCACCGGUCUGACGGCUGUUGGCGGCCCUGCGCGGUCAGGAGCGAUGGUUUGCGGCGCGUUUGGGACCGGGCAGAAAGAAGCAGGGACAAGUCGGAGUGACUCAUGCCUUAGUACUGCUUUCGGCUUUGAUCUCGAUCCUGACCAUAUUUUGGGUCAAAUUGCAUUUCCCUUCUCUGAAGUUCUCUCUCCAAGCUGGCAUUGAAACCAUUGCGUUGCUUCCCUUUAAGAAAGAAAAAACACAUUUUGGCCUCAAUGUAAAUAAUUCACUUUUUUUUUUUUUUUAGUCUACUAUCUAGCUCUGUUCAGCAAAAUGCCAAGCUCUACGGCCAGGGCUGGGCACCACCACCAGCUGCGUGAUGCGUCCAGGACAUGUCCAGCCCCCUCCUACCAGCUGGGCACCCCUUCUUUACUGUUGGAGAAGAAAGCAGGGUUCAGUGAUGCCUUCAAUAUUGACACCAAGAGGCCCAAAAUCAUAGCUGGCUCUAAGGAGGCAUAUUUUGGCUACACAGUGCAGCAGCAUGACAUUGGGGGGAAGAAAUGGCUGGUGGUGGGAGCCCCCUACGAAACCAAUGGACAGCAAAAGACGGGAGAUGUCUACAAGUGCCCAGUGAACAGCGACACCCACAGCAACUGCACCAAACUCAACCUAGGAAGAGUGACGCUUUCCAACGUCUCCGAGCGGAAGGAUAACAUGCGUCUUGGUCUGAGCCUGGCCACCAACCCCAAGGACAACAGCUUCCUGGCCUGCAGCCCUCUCUGGUCCCACGAGUGUGGGAGCUCUUACUACACCACAGGAAUGUGCUCCAGGGUGAACUCCAACUUCAGAUUCUCCAAGACUGUGGCUCCUGCUCUCCAGAGAUGCCAGACAUACAUGGACAUAAUCAUAGUUCUGGAUGGAUCAAACAGCAUAUAUCCUUGGGUUGAAGUUCAGCACUUCCUGAUAAACAUCUUGAAAAAAUUUUAUAUUGGCCCCGGCCAGAUUCAAGUUGGAGUUGUUCAGUACGGAGAAGACGUCGUCCAUGAGUUUCAUUUAAACGACUACAGGUCUGUAAAAGAUGUGGUAGCAGCUGCCAGUCACAUAGAGCAAAGAGGUGGCACCGAAACCCGGACAGCCUACGGGAUAGAGUUUGCUCGCUCGGAAGCGUUUCAGAAAGGUGGCCGGAAAGGGGCAAAGAGAGUAAUGAUUGUAAUCACAGAUGGAGAGUCGCACGACAGCCCAGACCUGGAGAAGGUGAUCGAGGACAGCGAGAAGGACAACGUCACCCGCUAUGCGGUGGCUGUACUGGGUUAUUACAAUAGAAGAGGAAUCAAUCCGGAAGCCUUUUUGAACGAAAUAAAAUUUAUAGCAAGCGACCCAGACGACAAGCAUUUCUUCAAUGUCACAGACGAAGCAGCCCUCAAAGACAUUGUGGAUGCGCUGGGAGAAAGGAUAUUUAGCUUGGAAGGAACCAGCAACAAGAAUGAAAUCUCCUUUGGACUGGAAAUGUCCCAGACUGGAUUUUCAUCGCAUAUUGUGGAAGAUGGGAUCUUGCUGGGGGCGGUGGGUGCCUACGACUGGAACGGAGCAGUCCUCAAGGAAACCAGCAGCGGGAAGGUCAUUCCUCUCCGGGAGUCGUAUCUCCAGGAGUUCCCAGAAGAGCUGAAAAAUCAUGGCGCUUAUUUAGGUUACACCGUCUCCUCCGUGAUAUCCGCCGAGCGCGAGCGGGUCUACGUCGCCGGAGCGCCCAGGUUCAACCACACGGGGAAAGUCAUCAUUUUCACCAUGCACAACAACCGGAACCUGACCAUCCACCAGUCGCUGAAAGGAGAGCAGUUGGGCUUUAUUUAUUUUGCAGGACUCUUAAGGGAUGUGUCUGUCUGUUUGCCUUUUGGGGUUUUCUCGUCUUUCCAGGCUUGCUGCUGAUGCUUUUUUUUUUUUUCUUCUUCUUUUUCUCUUUGGCUGGUUUCGCAGAACCGCUUUGUUUUCAGCGGGGCCCUCGACGACUUGCAGAGCUACCAGAACUCCCGGUUUGGCUCCUGCAUCGCCGCGGUCCCUGAUCUCAACCAGGACUCUUACAACGACGUCGUCGUCGGGGCUCCUUUGGAAGAUGACCACCAAGGAGCCGUAUACAUCUUCCACGGCUUUGAAGAGACCAUCCUGAAGAAAUACAAGCAGAGGAUAGCCGCUGUGGACCUCGGACCAGGCCUGAUGUAUUUUGGAUGCAGUAUCCACGGACAGCUGGAUCUGAAUGAAGAUGGGCUCAUAGACUUAGCAGUUGGCUCUCUUGGGAAUGCCGUGCUGUUAUGGUCCCGCAGCGUAGUCCAAGUCAAUGCCAGCAUCCGCUUCGAGCCAUCCAAAAUCAACAUCUUCACCAAGGACUGCAAGCGGAACGGAAAGGACGCCACCUGCAUGUCAGCCUUCAUCUGCUUCACCGCUGUCUUCCUCUCUGCCCACUUCCAGACGGCCAGUGUGGCAAUGAGGUACAACGCCACCAUCGAUGAGCGGAGGUACACGCCGCGGGCUCAUCUGGAUGAGAACGCAGACCGGCACACUCACAAGAUGCUCACGUUGCUCGCUGGACAAGAACACUGUGACAAGCUGAAUUUCCAUGUAUUGGACACAGCUGACUAUGUGAAGCCGGUGACAUUUUCAAUAGACUAUGACCUGGUGAGCCCUGAAGAUGGUCCCAUGCUGGAUGAUGGCUGGCCAACUUCACUCAAGGUCUCGGUGCCUUUCUGGAACGGAUGCAAUGAGGAUGAGCACUGUGUCCCUGACCUGGUCCUUGAAGCUAGAAGUGACGUUCCAAGUGCCAUGGAGUUUUGCAGAAGAGCUCUGAGAAAGUCGCCAUCAGACUGCUCAGCCUACACGCUGUCCUUCGACACAUCCAUCUUCAUCAUCGAGAGCACCAGGAGGAGGGUGGCCGUUGAGGCGACGCUGGAGAACAGGGGUGAAAAUGCCUACAGCACAGUCCUAAACAUCUCUUUCUCGAGAAACCUCCAGUUUGCUAGCUUGAUUCAGAAGGAUGACACAGACAUCAACAUUGAAUGCAUGCCUGAAGAUAAGCAUCCCAACAAGAAAGUGUGCAACGUGAGCUACCCGUUUUUCCGAGCUAAGGCCAAGGUAGCUUUUCGCCUGGAUUUUGAAUUCAGCAAGUCAAUUUUUCUUCAAAGCAUGGAGAUCUAUUUGACUGCCAACAGCGACAGCGAGGAGAACGAGAGCACCAAGGAGGACAAUUCCGCCCUCCUGAAUUAUCACCUGAAGUACGAAGCCGACCUGCUCUUCACCAGGGCAUCCAGCCUGGACUACUAUGAAAUCAAGUCGAACAGCUCCCUGGAGAGAUACGACAGCAUCGGUCCCCCGUUUCAUUGCAUGUUUAAGGAGAACGCAACCUGCAACGUCUGGGGAAACACCACUGACUACCGAAGCACACCCACGGAGGAGGACCUCUUCCGGACCCCCCACCUGAACCACAGUAACUCUGACGUCAUUUCUAUCGACUGUAAUGUGAAACUUGCACCUAACGAGGAGAUGAACUUUCACUUACGUGGCAAUCUGUGGAUGAAGUCACUGAAAGCAGUAAGUCCCACAAAAGCAGACUCGUGGCCUUUGAGGAGAAAUACCCCAAAGGAAAACUUGCACAAUGCAAAUGCAUUCCGGCAGGAGCGACCCUCCCUGCGCCAGAUAACGUUUGAAAUCUCCAAGCCAGAGGAGUCGCAGAUCCCCAUCUGGAUCAUCCUUGGGAGCACGUUAGGAGGCCUCCUGCUCCUCGCCCUCCUCGUCCUCGCGCUCUGGAAGCUUGGAUUUUUUAAAAGUGGCAGUCGCAAGAGAGAUACGGAGCAGGAACAGAGUGCCAAAGUGUUAGAAUGAGGCUUCCCCAGCGAGGGCCACUAGAGCUCGUCUAUCUAUCACCACCUUCCUAGUAAUUUACUGAUUACGGAGUAUAUGUUCGUCUUGAUGCCGAGGGAUUUGUGUGCUGAACUCUGUUUGCAUCGAGAUGAGAAAACACCCCUUUGCGUGAAAUUGCCUAAGCAGUUCCAAAAAAAAUCCAAAAAAUCCAAAAAAACCCAAACCAUUGGUGGCCCUAUGCCACGGGAGCACACGCAGCAAAGGUACUUCAAACUGGUUUUAAAACAGCUCUGUCGGCCUGGGAUAGGCCAGCGGUGCGUCCUGAGCGUGCGGACGCCGUGGGAGAGCCGGCGCGGCGGGCGCGCGGCCG